CCGGAAACCGGAUACCGGCGAUCGGACCCUGCUGGGGACGUGGGCUGCGGUGAUGAUCAUUUUUGUCGUGGAAACGCAGACACUGUCAAAUGUAUAUUGCGAAACUGACACCUGGGGAUCAGCGCAGCCAUGACGAAUUUGCUGAAUGCAGGCGUUGGAGUUGCACCUCCAAUUUACACUUUUCUUCUUCCUAGAGCUGCCAUCACGAUCAAUGGGAACUUAAAAGAUAUCGGCAAGUCAACAUUUUUAAGCACGAGAGCGAGAACGAACGUGAGAAAUGAGUUCGUGGCGCUGCAGAGAAGCUUGAAAGUCCUGGCGUCGUCCAAGAGUAGGAAUUGCCCAGACCCGAGUCUCGGUCCUGGUCCGAGAAAUUAUGAAGAAAAGUCUCUGCUCAAGGACGAUCAAGAAGAGAAGAGAUGGGGAGCCGCGAGAAGCGUUCCCCAUGAAUCGGGAGAUAUUUCUCGAAAUGAUGCGGUAGCUCAACCUCAAGCUCUCUCGCUGGCGGAGGAUGAAGAGCUUCCCGAGAGAGCUUUCAGAAAGGUCGGGAGGCGUAACGAAAAUGUAUCAUCUUCCGAGAGAAGAAGGGUUGACGUCGACUUUGAAGAACACGAGGAUGCAGAGAGAGGAGGAGAUUCACAAGCUGAGGAUUUUCGGACUUUGGUAUCGGCGAUGGGGCUGAUCAUGGGGACUGCAGUUGGGCCGGGCAUUUUGGGCUUACCAGCAGCCACAUUGCCCUCAGGACUGCAGGCCUCGACGAUAAUGAUCAUCGGAGCGUGGGCGUAUGUGACGUCGUCUAUUCUACUCGUUGCGGAAAUCAGUUGCGCCGUGAUGGCAGAGAGAGGCGUGAAGGAAGUGAGUUUCACGGGCUUGGUCGAGCACACACUGGGCUUCGGUGGAGCUCGGGCAGCAGCAGUGGUGUAUGCUUCCCUCAACUACGCUCUCCUGGUAGCAUGUGUAGCUGGAUUGGGUUCCAUUCUUCAUGGUUGGGUACCUUUGCCUGCAGCUUUGUGGAGCUCAGCGAGUGCAGCAGUGGUGGGUGGGAUAGUGGGAUUUGGUUCCUUUAAGAGUCUGGAUCGAGUCAACCGAGCCUUGUGCGGGUUGAUGCUGGCAGCCAUCACUUCCCUGGUUGCCAUUGGCGUGUACGCAGGAAAAUUCAUGCUGGUCAAUUCUGGUGCCACUUCUGUCUUCUCUUACAGUUCCGUACUCUCAGCAGUGCCGGUGACAGUGCUCACUCUGGGGUUCCAUGUGAUCACUCCGGUGAUCUGUAAACUACUCGGAGGGAGGCCUGAAGAGGCACGCAAAGCCAUUCUCUUGGGAGGAGCAGUGCCUCUGGCGAUGGUGCUGGCUUGGAAUGGAGUGAUUCUCAGUUUAGCUCCGUAUACAUCCCGUGCUCUAGAUCCAAUAAAGCUUCUGUUGUCUCUGAACCGAUCUGCUGCUCCGGCAGUUCAAGCUUUCGCCUUUGCUGCUCUUGGUACUACUCUGAUCGGCUAUGCUGUCAGCUUCCCGAAACAGCUUUCUGAUACAGGUCGGAUUUUCAGCCAAGGAGCUCGACGAGAAUUUGAGAGCAAGGAGGGAGAAGAUGGAAAGAAGUUGUUUGCAGAAAUUCAGCCACUCUUGUGGUCUCUUUGCCCUCCCACCAUAGCCGCCGUGCUCUGGCCUACAGCCUUUGCUUCCGCACUUGAUUUUGCGGGUGUUUAUGCCAACUGCUUCCUCUUUGGGAUCCUGCCUCCUGUCAUGGCCUGGAGAUACCGCUAUCAUCUGUCCGAUCAGGCCGAUGUGUUAUCGAGAAACAAGCAGUUGGUUCCGGGAGGCAAGUUGCCUCUGAUCUUGCUGUUCGGAAUUUCCAUUUUACUCGGCAUUAGACCCAGAAUAUAAUACUCAUGGCUUCCCAAUAAGCGGACUUGCCAACCUUGAGCACGAUCGAGGGACCAAAUGCUCUAUUUUCCCGGGGUCUGGUACUCGUGGAAUUCUUGACUUCGUGAAGCCAAGAACACGAUCACCUCUUCUAUUUCGACGUUGACAUAAGGAUGUAGCUGCUGCUUUUUUGCACAUUUUGGAGGCUAUUUAGAAUUGCGCACAUCGGGUUGAUUUCUGACGUACUGAGUGAAGGUUUUCAGUGCAGAGGGAAGAAUGAGAACCAAGGUGGAAAAUAUCUUGAUGACAAGCAAGAACCGCCUUGAAGCAUUCUGUCGUCUCCUGAAUGUUAUGAAACUGCGUCAAAACUUGUCAGAUCCGAGGAGAAUGCCAUGAACCAUGCCAGCUGAAGUCUGCAGGUCUGACGACGUCGUGAAACAGGUGUUUUAUCUUUUGUCGCUCUUAUAUUCAGAACGAUAGAUGCAAAAGAGGAAGAAGCAGUCAAAGAUGACAGAGUGUCCAGUAAAGGUCUUCGUUUGAGGUAGCGAUCUUUUGCAAUACUCUGUGCGCACGCGAUCAGGUUCAGCUCAUAAGCCUACGAUUCAAAAAACCCCUGUGGUCUGUAUUUGUAGAUAGAUAGAGAUUCAGGGUUUACGUUAGCUGAGAUUAGCGUCUCCUUUAGUUUAUGGAUCAAGGUCUGUUCUGUUACCCCCUUAGGCAAGAACUAUAUCAACAAAAAAUUAUUGAUCAUUCAGAAGAUAACGAUUUAUCGAGGAAAAUAGGUUUAACGUACGUAAGUCAUUGGGACCCAAAGUUAGCAAUGCAACUACUUGACACUUGACUGGAAACUAAAUUGAA